AGGGAAUUUAACCCGGAAGAGGGCGUAGUCCGCAGUAGGGAGUUGGCUGUAUGAGGAAGCAACGGAUCAGACUUCAGCGCCGCAAGCAGGACCAGAACCGGGACAAAAAGCGACCAUAAACCGAGACCAGAACCCGAAGUGUGUGCCCCAGAGACUCCGACUAGAACCGCAUCUGCCUGCCUCAGAGACCCGCCAAAGACCGACACCAGGCCGCUGUUUGUAGAACUUUCCUCCGCUCCCUUAGCUAACGGCUAGUUCUAGUGCUAACGGCUAAUUAGCUUGUGUGCUAACAGGGAAGUGACGCUGCGCGCUGAAGUCGGGACUGUUUUCUUCAGAAGACUGACACAGCAGAUAGAGAAGAAGAUGAGUGGAGGACUGAACAGCAUCGAUGCCGUGAAGAAGAAGAUCAAAGUUCUGCAGGAGCAGGCUGAGGAGGCAGAGGACCGAGCUGCCAGACUGCAGAAGGAGGUGGAGAAGGAGAAGAGGAGCAGGGAGGAGGCGGAGGGGGAGGUGACAGCUCUGGGUCGGCGUCUGCAGCUCAGCGAGGAUAAUCUGGAGCGAGUCCAGGAGAGACUGACCACCACGCUGCACAAACUGGACGAGGUCGAGAAGUCUGCUGACGAGAGCGAGAGAGGGAUGAAGGUGAUAGAGAACCGAGCUCUGAAAGACGAGGACCGGAUGGAGCAGCAGGAGAUUCAGCUCAGAGAAGCCAAACUGAUCGCUGAGGAGGCUGACCAAAGAAAAUACGUAAGAGAUACUAAAUUACCAAAGGAGGUGGCUCGUAAACUGAUGAUGGUGGAAGCAGAACUGGAACGAGCUGAAGAUCGGGCCGAGCAGGGAGAGAGUAAGGUCCGGAGGUUGGAAGAGCAGCUGAGGAGUUUCGACCAAUCACUGAAGAGCCUGCAGGCGUCUGAGGACAAGUACUCUCUGAAGGAGGACCGGUACGAAGAGGAGAUCAAGAACCUGAGCCGCAAACUCAAGGAGGCUGAGAGCAGAGCCGAGGCUGCGGAGCGUUCAGUGGCCAAACUGGAGAAAACCAUCGACGGCCUGGAAGAUGCUUUGACUUCGGCCAGAAACGCCAACAUGGAGCUGCAGGCGACGCUGAAUCAGACCAUGGAGGAGCUCAACUCCUGUUAGACCCCCCCACCUCCUCCUCCACCACCUCCUCCUCCACCACCUCCACCUCCACCACCUCCACCUCC